AAAACAUCCUUAAGUCAUAACUGAAUUAGAGGUACUGCUGUUCUACUUCAUCUAAAAUGUAAAAAUCUUCCAACCAUGUAGGUCCUUUUACCCUCAACAUUGUUGUUUAUUCUUUACUUUUCAUGUGAAAUACAGCUACAUAGAUUAUAGAUGCCACAAGACCAUGUGUUAAUCUUUGCUUAUACUGCCAUGUGUUUUUUUAAAAGAUGAAAAUAAUAGUCUUUCCUAUUUAUGUGAGUAUCUAUCAUCCCUUAUGUAUUUUUCAUUUCUCCCCAGAUAUGUCUCCCUCAAAUAUAAUUCUCCUUCAACUUGAAGAAGUUUCUUAGCAUUUCUUAUAAUGCAGACGUACAGAGUCCGCCCAGGGCAGUGUUGCUGCACGUUGCGUGGGAUGAAGGGCUGAAGGCUGCUGCUUCUUGCAAGCUGGCUUCUGAGAUUGCACCUUCUCCUGCUCCUCAUCCAACUCUAUGAUCUUCCAAGGUAUGAAGUCUGUGGUUCCAGCCAGAAGGGGGGACUCCUGUAAAGCAGAGCUGACCCGCCUAGGAACCAAGACAAUGCAGCAAGCAACACAGCUACAGGUGUCCCCCAGCAGGCAGAGCUCCUAUCAGUCCAUCCCCAACUUCCAAGAUAGAGUGGGGACACCAUGUUCACAGCCACAGAUGUCGCCCAGUGGGCAGAGCUCCCAUCAGCCCGAUCCCAGUCUCCAAGACAAACCGGGAACACUGCAUCCACAGCCCCAGCGUGAACCACCUGCCUCCAAGGAGACCCUUCUGGAACAGCCUGACAAGGACAAGACGGUGGCUCGUCGUAUCCCUCGCCUCCGGGCUGUGGUGGAGAGCCAGGCCUUCAGGAACGUCCUGGUGGAUGAAAUGGACAUGAUGCUGUCCCGCGCAGCCACCCUCAUUCAAGCCAAUUGGAGGGGGUACCGCCUCCGGCAGAAGCUCAUCUCCCAGAUGAUGGCGGCCAAGGCCAUCCAGGAGGCCUGGCGACGCUUCAACACCAGGCGCCUCCUCCGGUCUGGCAAGACGAUGGAGAAAAGAGCGAAGGUGGAGGAGGGGGACAUCCCUUACCACCCGCCCCAGCAGGUGCGGUUCCAGCAUCCUGAAGAGGGCAAGUCCCUGCUGGCCCAGCCCACCAUGGUGAGCAAGGAGACCCAGUUCCCUUCCUCCGACAGCCUGGCCACCUAUACCCACCAGCUGGCCCUGCUGCAGUCCCAGGGCAUGUCACCGCCUGGGACGUGCUCUGUCGGAGGCCCCAGCGUCACCUUCCUGCCACACCAGACAGUCGCCAUCAAACUUCCGUGUCCCGUGAGUCUCGAGGCCAAGUGCCGCCCAUGCCUGAUGACAAGAACCGUCAGAAGCCCCUGCCUCGUCCAAGUGGAAGGGGACACAACGAAGACCAAGCAAGUAACUGCCAGAGCCAACAAGGCGGGAGCCAUGGGGCCACCACCAUCUGGAAGGUGCGCCCAGGCAGUUCAAGGACAAUUCAAGGCCCAAACCCAGGCCCCCAUGGAAGCAGAGGUCCUCAAAAUGCUACCCCAGACAGGCCCAGCGCCUGUGAUAACCAAGACCCUCUCCCAGCCAGGGCCCACUUUGACCAUGACCAGAACUCCCUUCCAGAUGUACCCGGCGGCCACGAUAACCAAGACUUCGCCCCAGGCUUGCCCAGUGCCCAUGGUAACAAUAGCCAAGACCCCACCCCAGGUGUACCUGGCAGCUGCAAUGACCAAGAUCCCCCUGCAGGUGUACCCAGCAGCCCCCAUGACCAAGACUGCGGCCCAGAUGUCCCCAGCGGCCACCAUGAUCAAGACUCCCCUCCAGUCGUGCCUGGCUGCCAUGAUGAACAAGACCCUACCCCAGCCAUGCCCAACGCCAGCUGUCACAAUAACCAAGGCCCCACCCCAGGUGUACCCCCCAGCCCCAGUGGCCAAGAUCCCACCUCAGACGUGCCCGCCAGCCACAGUGACUAAGACCCCACUCCAGUCAUGCCUGGCGGCCAUGAUGAGUAAGAUCCAACCCCAGCCGUGCCCAGGGCCCAUGAUAACCAGCGCCAAAACCCCACCCCAGCCCUGCCCAGUGACCCAAGGGACCAAGACCCCAGGCCCCAUGCGACCAACAGCCUCCAUGACCAACACUCCACCCCAGACGAGACCGCCAGCCGCUUUGACGAAGGUCCCACCCCAGCUCUGCCUCCUGGCCUCAAUUUUCAAGUCUCCAACUCAGACACGGCCUGCGGCCACAACGACCAAAGUCUCGCCCCAGGCGUGUGCAGUGCCCUUGCUGACCAAGAUCCCACCCCAGACGCGCCCAGCAGCCAUGGGGACCAAGGCCCCACUGCAGGCGUGUCAGUUGGCCACAGUGACCAAGACCCCAUCUCAUCAGAUGCUCCAAGGAGCCUCGGUGACCAAAACAGCUCCUCCCCAGACGCGCCUGGCAGCCAUGAUCAACAAGACUCCCGCUCAGCUACGCUCAGCGGCCGCCAUCCUCAGAACCCUGUGCCUGCCCCCGUCAGCAGCUGGGAACCUCAAGCCUCCGUUUUCAGCAGCGGCGACAGCUGGGAUUUCCGACACCUCAUCCCACACGUGUCUAAGCGGACCAAAGGCCAGGGCCACGGUGAAUGUGAGACAGGCGACAGGGGUUGUCAAGGUCUCGUCCCGCUCCUACUUGACAGAGGGGAAAGUGAAAUGCUUUCCCCCAUCGCAUCUGGGGGCUGCGGCUCCUAAGCCUGCAGCCAGGCCUCCUUUGGAAGGCGAGAAAAUCAAGGCCUUCUCCCAGAAGCAAGUGAAAACGGAAACCAUGUCUGACACCAGCAUGGCCAUGGAAAUGCCCGGGGAUCUGACCUGGGCAAAAGUGGCCAACGACAGGAACAAGCGGGCACAGCUGAGGACGGACGUCUUGAAGGUUCAAUCCCAGCUGUAUGGGCCUGCUAGAACAGCUGGGCUGCCGCUGAGCACAUGUCUGCCUCAAGCGCAGCUGGCCCCUUGUUCAACCACAGGCUUGCCCCAGGCCCAGCUGCUGGCCGAGCUGACUAAGGCCCUGCCCCAGGAGCACGUGUCUGCCAAGCUGACCAAGGCCCAGGGCCCAGGACACCCAGCGGCCCAAGCCCCCGCAGCCGUGGCCCAGCCACACCUGAGUGAGUGUCUGUCCAAGACGCUGUCUCAGGCCCACCUGCCUGCCAAGCUGGUGAAGGCGCAGUCCCAGGAACAGCUGACCACAGCAGUGAUCAAGAUACAGUCCCAAGGGCAUCUCCCCACGGGAUUGACGAAGACGCAGUCCCAGGCCCAGCUGGUCACAGACACAGCUAAGAGCCUCUACGUGGCCCACCAGGCUGCUGAACUCAGCAGCAAGACACAGUCGCAGCCACUCCUGGCGGGCUUCAAGGCUUCCACCCAGCCCUGCCAGCACAUCGGCACUCUGCCCCUAGCCAAGCCAGAAGACAGACUGACCCAGCUCCCAUCCCACAGCUACGUGCAAGGCAAGGCCACCCUGGGCCUGCGCCAGGGGGCCUCUGAGACCCACAACAUGCUGGUGCCUCUGCUGGCCCCUGCUGGCCACACCACGUGCAACGCUGAACCCUGGGGGGACAGUGGGGCUGCCCGGGCCCAGCCGUCAACCACCGGCGCACCCCCGCCCAGCCAGGAGGAGCUAGCGGCCUCCCAACUCGCCUCCCUGUGUGCUGAUCUGGCUGCCGUGCUGGGCUCCCAGGAGGACCUCCGCGCCCUGCUGGCCAAAGCCCUCUCCCAGGGGGAAGUGAGGGCGGCACUGAACCAGGCUCUGUCCAAAGAAGUCUUGGGAGCCACGAUGGCCAAGGCCUUGCCCCAGGGCAUCCUGGGCACGGUGCUGGUGAAGGCGCUCUCUUGGGGCGAGCUGGGCACCAGCCUAUCCCGCGCACUGUCCCAGGGUGAGCUCACUAAGGCCAUUCAGAGCAGACUGGCGGAUGUGCUUAGCAAGGCCCUGACGGAGGAGGAGCGCGCCACCUUGAGCCAGGCCCUGUGUCAGGGUGAGCUGGGUGCAGUCCUCAGCCAAUCUCUCUCUCAGGCAGCCCUGAGGUCUGGAGUCGGCCUCCCCAAGGCUGCCUCAAAAACGGUGGGAAGCGGGAUGACUGUGAUGCCGGCCCCGGUGGAGGUGGACUUCAGGGGGAGCCUGUCGGCCGCGUGGGGGCCCACCUUGGGCCCCAUGAGACUACAGCCCAGCAAGGGCCCGGAGGACACUGCCAUGUCUGGUGGCCAAGCGUGGAACUCUACCAUCCCCAGCGUAGCGGUUGGGCCCAGGGGCAGCACCGUGGCCCCUGGCGGUGCUUGGGAGCCAGCCAGGGGCACUGUGCCGUGGGACGUCGUGGGCAGUAAGGCAGCGGUGGACCCCAGACAGCCGAGGGAGCUGGUGGCGUCGGUGCAGGCUGUAGAGAAGAUAAUCAUCCAUGCGGUGGUCAUUAUCCAGGCAUGUGCACGUGGCUUCCUGGUGCGCCGUACCAUCAAGGUGUGGCACCAGUGGGCCAUCAUCAUCCAGGCUGCCUGGCGUGGCUACCGUGUGCGGCGGGACCUGGCCCGCCUCUGCCGAGCUGCCACCAUCAUCCAGGCUGCGUGGCGAGGCUUCAUCAUUCGCCAGAGCCGCACCCAGCACAUGCUGCUCCAGAAUGUGUGGGCUGAGACCGGCAGUGGGGCCAGGAUGACGUCUGACCACCGCUGCUUCCAGUCCUGCCAGCCACACGUCUGUGCUCUUUGCCAGUCACUGACCUCCGGACUAGGAAGCCCACCCAGCGUGGUGAUGCUUGUGGGUUCCAGCUCCCGCACAUGCCACACGUGCGGCCACACGCUGCCCACCCGGGUGGUGCAUGGCACGGGCCGGGGUGCUGCCAGCCAGGCCGGCAUGCCACGGGGCUGCCUGACCCAGUCAACUGCCUGGAGCCUUCAGCGACCCCAUCAGACCAAGGCGGCCACGGCCAUCCAGUCUGCCUGGAGGGGCUUCGUUGUGCGACGUCGGCUGAAGCAGCAACAGGAAGCAGCCAAGAUGCUUCAGGCCACCUGGCGCGGCCACAGCGCCCGGGCCUCCCUGACCACGGACGCGCUCUUGGGGCCAGCGGCGUGGGACAACUCGCGGCACACGCAGUGGCCCGGCGUCUAGGACCUCGGCUUACUGGUGGGGGGACGUCAGGGGAGGGGCCACAUGGCUCUCUGUGUUUCAUGAAUAAAGCCCUCCACAGCCUGGG